AUGGGAAGUGCCGUCACUGGCCACUUCAUCCGUGAUUGCCGCAUAUAUCGCGAGAAGCAGGAGCACGGGUGGAGACAUCCACUCCCAUGCAGAACUAGGAAGGACUUCCACGAUGAUGACCGAGAUCCUACUCGAAAGCGAGACUACCAGCGAGAUGAAGACCGUAAGCGAGAAGGGGACCGAAAGCGAAGUCGUGAUGAUAAAGAAAGUGACGGUCGACACUCGCGUGGAGAUAAAUCUAAGUUUCGCAAGCGUAGUGAUGGUGAUCGAGCCAUGGUAUCGAAAGCAGACAAUGACUCGAGGUCCAGCUCGGAGUCAGCCCUGAUGUCUAUUGACGCUAGAUGCUACGGCGAAGACAGAUCCCAAUGA